AAGUUGAUGGACCAGCUGCCUCAGCUCUUCAGCCGGCUCCACUCCAGUCAGUCCAGUCUGUCUGAUCGAGAGUCUCAGCCUCACAAUGUGUCCCGGAGGAACUACUUCAGGAGCCGGUCCGGACGCUCGCUGUAUGUCUCCAUCUGCAACAUGCACCAGCACAUCAGCCAGAACCCAGACUGGUUUGAGAAGCAGCUGGCUCCUUCAGGAGGUUCCUCAGCCUCCCCCUCCAAACACCCUCCAGUGGCUGACCCUAGCCCUCCUCCAAAGCCUUCCUGCGCCUCCUCUUCCUCUCAGUCCGUGGGGAGGUGUGACUCUGGCCUGGUGCUGAACGAGGUUGUUGUUAAUACACCGUCCCUGGAGGGUGGAGAGGGGGCCCCGGGGAGGAACAUGCUCCUGCUGGCCCCUGGCUCCAGUCCCAGCCUACACCCUGGCCCCAGCCCCAGCCCUAGUCCCAGUCCUGGACUCUGUUCCAGUCCUAGACUGCCACACUGCUCCCUGUCCAUGCUGGGAAGCACUUCAAGGUCCACUUCUGGCAUAUCUGGCCUGUCCCCUGAAGAGUCCUCCUCCUCCUGCUCCGCACCCUCCAUCCUGCAGGACGUGGUGUGUCCUGUCCACACUGAGGCAGAAGAAGGCCGCCACUCACUUCCAGAGGUCCCGCCCCCUCGUGAUUCGGGCAUCUAUGAUUCGUCCGUCCCUUCUUCAGAACUCUCCAUUCCCCUUAUGGACGGCCUGUCACAGGACCAGGCUGACUCCUCCUCUCUGGCAGACAGCGAAUCGUCUUCUUCGGGGCUGGGUGACGAGGAGCCGCCUGCUGUGACGUCGCUCCACUGCAGCGCCGCUACAGUUUGUAAAGCGGAGCUGCACCACCAUCACCACCUGGAGCACGCCGACGGACUCGCACCUGUGGCCACAUUGUAGGGGACCAGCCCAGUGAUGUCAUAACAGAGCCAAAAACUAAUUGGCCUCAGACCUGAAUCCUAUCUUAAAAGUCAUGGAAAUUAUACUGGAAUUAACUCAAUGGCACUGCAGUGGUUCACCUGUGGAAGAUCCUGCUCCGUAGUAACUAUGAUAGCCACUGCAUGUAGAACCUUUGUUCCUGGAAGUUAUUGCGUUUUAUAACUCUUGGCCUUGGUAUCUAUUGUAAGUGCUGCGUGUUUGGAACAACGCCACCUACUAAGUUAUGUGACUUACCUCCCUGGUAACUAUGGUAACCACUAAUCCCUUACAACUUGUUUACUAUUGCGUCAUUUUCACUACAUGAUAUGCCAAGAUGUCUCACCUCACCUCUUUUUUUUUUUAUCGUUUUCAAAUUUCAGACAUUAUUUUACUUGGUCAUUUAUAUGAUACCAACUUGGUACUGGUUCUAAGUGAGCUGUGCUGAUGCUAGAACGUUGAAUUAAAGAGGCCCUAUUAUGCUAUGCAUGGUUUUCCCUUUCCUGUAGUGUGUUAUAUAGGUUUCUGUGCACGUAAAUAGUCUGCAAAGGCUAGAAUCCCCACGUUCCCUUCAGAGGGAGUUUCUCUCCUUCAGAGUCAUUCUAACCAUAAUUUAACUAAGAAAUAUGAGCCUGCAAAACUAUUACAGUACAGCACAGAAUACAAUUGUCAUACGUUACUUGUUUUUUUUGCCAUUAUCCGGCAAACAUUGCAUGGACAAUUAUGUCACAGAGAUUUCAUGCAGUGUGGGCAACAGCUGAGAAUCCUGCCUGUACUGAGGGGGGGUGCUACCAGCACUGGAAACAAAAUGCAAAAAAAAGACGUGGUGCCAAAUGGGAGACAUGUCGAACCAUGUAGUGCAAAUGAGGCAGGUAAGAAUGGUAACACCAGCUACAGCGUGUACUACACUAGUGCCUCGGAUACUACGGUACUUUGUUGGCACUGCCUGAAUGAUUUUUGAAGGACUGGAUCUACAGGUGCUGGCUAAGUUGACCAGAUCAAACCAAAGACUGCCUCAGCACUGUGAUUGAUUGACAGCUGGCCCAAGUAUGAAAUGAUGUUCAGGCACUUUUUGAUGCUGGAACGAAAACACAAUGCCACAAACAUGUUCUGAAGCUCCCCGGGAAAAACAUCCAACAGGAUCCAAGAAUCUUCUGAUCUUCUGUGAUUACCCACAAAGAUUUCUUUAAGAAAAUCUGCAACUCUGAGGAUAUUAUACCAUAUAUAUGCUCAUUCCUUAAAGCAGCAAAUACGAACAUAACAACUGCCUAAUAAUAAAUCAUUCAACUGUAAAAAAUAACUGUUAAAGAAACUGUCAGAAAUGUAAUCGUGCUUAUGUGAUAUAAUGUUUUGGACAAGUUUUAUGGAAUAUGUAUUGAAGUGAAAUUCUUAGUUUUUCUCUGCUUUCCAAUUAACAAGUUCAGAGCAUACAAUUCAGACUCAUUCAGCUGGUGGUAUAACGUAUUGAACACUGUGGGUACAUUGUUAAGCUUGUGGUUACAUAUUUUAAAGUAUUCAAUAUUAAUGUUACAUUUAUAGUCAUGUAUUUCUUGUUAAAUUCUUAUCUAGCAUUGUUGCAGGAAGCAGCGAUGAGGAGGGCAUUAUGAAAAGUGACACUUUUUUUGUAAAAAUCCUUAUUACUAAACCACUUUGAAGAUGCAUAUACUGUAUGGAAGCCCAUUCAUGCCAGAAGAAAGAUAAAUUCAUUAAAUGUUUUCAAAUAAAAUUACAAAAUAAUGUCACAUUUUCUGGUUACUAUGUAAUAAAUAUGCGAUACAGUUUUAGUUAUGGAAGAAGAUAGUAACAAUCUGCCUUCAUAACUUUGCAUGUGGCUUAAUCACUGUUACAUAUCUCAUAAUUGUGGCUAAGUCCUUGCAAAUGAGCUUCCAUACACUUUUUUCCAAGUUAUUUUGUCAGUUUGUUGUGGUUUGAACCACCAUGUGUUUAAAGUUUUAUAAAGUAUUUUUAUUUUCCUACUCAAAUGUUUUAUGUGACGACUUCUGCAUGGUUGAGUAUGUUGGAAGAGAAGAUUCAGCAUUUCCUACUUGUAAAUAGUAUUCUUAUUUUUAUUUUAACCCUGGAAAUGUCUGUUCUGCUUCAAUUUUAUAGAGUUAGUCUGUUGUUUUACUAUUCUCUCUACGUUUGAUAGUAAUGUACUGUUUUAAAGUACCCUAAUGUAGGACAUAGAUAAAUUCAUCAAAUAAAAUGUUU